CUAGUGCGCUUCACGAGUAAUUAGUGCGCGCGCAGGUCAGAUUGGAAACGCAACAUGCCUCCGCUGGAGAACACGCAACUUCCCAAACCUUUCAAACAGAGGAAGAGUUUAGCUACGAGGAAACAAGAGGUGUCGGGAAUCCGAACUAAGUUUCCGACUAAAAUCCCGGUGAUUAUCGAGCGAUAUCAGAGAGAGAAGUACUUGCCGCCUCUGGAUAAGACCAAGUUCCUCGUGCCUCAGGAGCUCACUAUGACCCAGUUCGUGACCAUCAUCAGGAAUCGAAUGACCCUGAUGCCCAAUCAAGCUUUCUACCUGCUGAUCAAUAACUCGGGCAUCGCCAGCAUGUCUCUGACCAUGGCUCAGCUCUAUAAGGACCAUAAAGAUGAAGACGGCUUCCUCUACAUGACGUACGCUUCACAGGAGAUGUUUGGACACUGUGAUAAUAACAGGUGACGUGUGUCCAGACGACGUCGGGGGGGGGGGUUUGGCGUGUCCAAGAGGUCUCAUUUACUUCACUGAACUGUGAUUAAGUAUUUAAGUCUUUGUAUAUAAUGCUAGCUUUUUAGAUAUACUAUUCUUUUCUAAUGUAUGUGGUUUCUUUUUUUUUUUUUUAAUCGAGUAAUAAAAUUUCUAAUUCAUGCAUCGGUCACUAGAGGGAGAUGUCUGUUCAUUUCAUAUGCUGCAGAAGUGUCCUCAAAUAUGCCUGACUAAUAAAACUGAAUGUCAAUCUUUCAUUGGUUAAUCAUGUGGUGAUAGAAAAUAAAGGAUAUUGUUUGUUUGAUGCUGCACACUGUUUCGUU